AUGUCCAAAACGGAAGAAGAUACCAUAGAUUCCGGUGCUUCUGCCGGUUCCGAAGCCGAGGAAGUGCCUACCGAAACCAAGAAGAAAGCCAAACAAUUCCGCAAGAAGCUAACCAGCUUGGACAAGAUGCAAAUUCACGACCAAAUCAUCGAAGCACUGGAGACGCUAAAGGAACGCAAGGGAGCGUCGCUGAUCGCAAUUAAACGGUACCUGGAGGAUAAUUACAAAACCGAUACGCAGCGGCAGAGUGCCCACAUCCGGAAGAUAAUCAUCGAUGGGGUUGAAAGUGGCGAUAUCAUUCGAACGAGAGGAGUUGGUGCUUUCGGUCGGUUUAAGAUUGCACCUACCACUAAGAAAAUUACAAUAAAAAAGCGCAAAGCUCCCGAAGACUAUCAGGAGAUUCCGGCUGUAAAGCACCGACCGAAGACCGGCGGAAGGACAAAACCGGGUCCAGCUUCCGUGGCUGCUAAGCAAAAACCAACUAAGCCCACAGGAAAAGCAGAGGAAGCUAGCCCGGUCGCUCCCAAAAAACGGGGCCGUCCAGCGAAGAAGUAA